AUGGAGGGCGACGCUGCCAAGCCCAACGCUUCAUCCCCGCAGGUGACGCCCGCCGACGAGGCGGCACCUGCCGCUGCCGCUGCGGCUGCAGCAGCCGCGGCUGCGAUCGCACCGGCGCCGGCCAUGUGCCACAUCAACAUCGAGUACCGCUCGAACCUGGUCCUGACCAACCUCCAGCUGCCUGCGGCGUCGAUGGUCCUCGACCUGCACGGGACGGUCGAGCAUGUGGCGGCCCUCGGCCACCUGACGUGCUUUGUCUUUGAGCUCGACGGCGUGCCGCUCCUCCCGUACACACCGCUGAGCGAGCUGGGCGUCUCGUGCGACGCCGAUGCGCCGUCGACGGUGGUCAUUGUCGAGGACCUGUACGACCAGGUCUCGGCGCUCGCCCAUGUCAAGCGCGUCGGCUCGCCAUCGGUCCUUGCUGCGCUUGACGCCUCGUUCAACCUCUCCAAGGCGCUCGAGCCGGUGGUGACCGGGACUGAGGGCGAUGAGGAGAAGCGGCGCGCCACUAAGCUCGCCAAGCUGUUCGAGUCGGCCGCUGCUGCUGGCAUUCCCACGUCGACCAACAAGGGCAAGGGUAAGGGCAAGGGCAAGGGCAAGGGCAAGGGCAAGGGCAAGGGAAAGGGCAAGGCCUCGGAGCUUGCCAUGAAGCGUGCCAAGACCUCGACCUACAUCGCUAUGUCUGGCUACAACCCUCCGCCGCAGAGCCGCGCCAUGCAGGGCGAUCUGUUCUACCUCGAGGUGACGACGCCCGAGGCUGUCGUCCACGUCACCGCCAACCCGUUCGGUUUCUACAUUAACGGCUCCUCGCGUAUGGCCUUUGACCCCGAACCGAUCAAGGGUCCCCGCUCCGGUCAGGCCCACUCGCUCUUUGAGCUCCUCAGCUCGAUCUCGUCCUCCUUCCGUGCCCUCUACAACACCCGCAUCACCGAGGGUCAGCUCGUCCUCGAGUCCGGACUUGCCCCGUACCCCACCUUCUCGUGGACCGCCCGCCCGGCCGAGCACACUUUUGACCCGACCCGGGCCGACGAGCAGCUCAACAAGAGCGUCAACGACUUUGCCGCCGGCCAGAUCCGCGACUGGAACGAGGAGUUCCAGGUCGCCCGCUCGCCGCAGCCCGGCAUGGCUGCCGGCUCCACCGAGGCUGCCGUCAUGCAGGACGUCAUGUACUCGCGCGCCCUCGCCGACUUUGUCGAGGCCGCUACCCUCGGCGCCAAGACCAUCGUUUUCAACCUCAACUCGCUUCCGCCGCUCAACCCAACCGAGCCGCCGCACAAGCACCUUUUCCUCCUCGGCAAGAUCUUCUACCAGCUGCCGGGCCGCACCAUGGCCGCCACCCGUGACGCCAUUGUCAACGACGACGUCGAGGCCGAGCAGGCCUUCAACGACCUCGCCGCCGUCCGCCUCUACACCGCCGCCGUCCCCGACGGCCUCCACACUGUCGGCACGGUUGUCAUUCGCUUCCGCGGCCACCUCGUUGUCGCCCAGACCAUCAUUCCGGGCGUCUUUACCGGCGACUGGUCCGACAAGCUCCUCUGCGGCUCGACUGAGCCGUCGCAGCCGUUUGCCUGGCGCGACGACGAGUUUAUCGCCAAGAUGAACGACGCCGCCGAAAAGCUCCACAUUGCCGCGCGCUCUGUUGUCGACGGCGCCGGCGAGACCGUCACCACUUCGGCCUCGCUCGAGACAAAGGGCAUCAAGGGCACCGACGGCCGCUACUACAUCAUCGACCUUGGCGGCGCCCUGCCACGCGACACAAACUGGCUCGACAACACGGCCAACUCCAACAUCGUCCACACACCCAAGGCCCUCCACAUGUUCCUCGCCUCGCGCACCCUCCAGCACCGAAUCGAGUACACCCGCAAGCACGUUGCCGCCCGCUCGGCCGCUGCCGGCGACGCUGACGCGCCUGCCGACGCCGACCCCAAUGCGCCUGCGGCCGACAACGCCGAAGUCGCCCCUGCUGCCGGCGACGCUGUUGCUGAAGCCAAGGCUGCCGCCGAGGCCAAGGCCGCCGCCGACGCGCCCGCGCCCGAGGCCGGCGAGCCCACUGGCGAGCCUUCCGCCGAGCUGCCCGAGUUUGAGCCGCUCGAGCCAAUGCUGUUCAACGUCAACCUCUUCCGCUCGGUCUCGUUCCCCGACGCCGACGCCGAGCUUAUCGAGGCCGACAAGGCCAACCUGGAGGCUCUCGGCGCCUUUGUCAACGAUCAGGUCGUUCCGACCGUUGUUAAGAAGCUGCUCUCGGUCGAGCGUCCGUCGAACGCGGUCGCCCUCGCCGACAUGAUGGCCGACUACGGCUUGCAGCCGCGAUACCUCGGCCGCGUCCGUGCCCGCAUCCCGACCCAGGCCGCAGUCGCCGUCAAGCUCGUCACCACCGAGAUGGUCGUCACCGUCGCUGCCGACGUCUACAACGUCCUCGUCCGCGACGUCCCCGCUCACGUUCUCGGCGCCUCUACCGCCCACUUCCUCAACUGCCUCUUCUCGACCUCGUCGCUCUCCGCUGACGAUGCUCCGGUCAUGGUCCGCAAGGCCCGCGCCGCCACCCGCGCCGCCGCCGCCCGCCGCCUCGCGCUCGCUCACGGCAAGACCGUCUCCCUGGACGACGUCGUCUUUAUGGGUGAGCUCACGCGCACCUCGCUCUGGGAGCUCCUCAACGCCCGCGGCGUCGCCCACUUUGGCGUCGAGCUGUUCCCGGCGCCUGCCGAGGGCGACGACUCGCCGGCGUACAUCCUCUCUAACGACACUUGGUCCGGCGAGAAUGCCUUUGACUCGCUCCGUUCGUUCUGCGAGAAGACCGGCCUGCAGCUCAACGCCGCUGCCCCGCUCGCUAUCAAGGAGCGCGUGCCGUUCACCCCCGCCCACAUCCUCGACCUCCAGCCGCGCGUCUACUUUAACCGUGACACCGCCACAACCAACGACACCCUCGACCGUGCCACCAAGGCGCUCCAGCAUGGCAAGCCCGAGCUCGCCGUCCGCUACCUUCGCCUCGUCCAGGACGUCUGCCUCCGCCGCACCGGCUCGCUGCUGAGUGAGGACAUGGCGCGCUGCUUCACCCUCCUGGCCAUGAUCGAGCUCCAGGCCGGUGAGGCCGUCUCGGCUGUUCACCUUGCCCGCAAGUCGGUUGUCAUCGCCGAGCGGGUCACCGGCGUCGCCUCGGAUGUCACCGCCCGCGCCUACCACAUCCUCGGCUCGGUCGCCCACGCCCUCAAGAAGCCGCUCGAGGCCUUCAAGUACCUGCUGCGCGCCCGCAACAUCCUGGAAGUCGUCACUUCGAUCCCCUCGGUCAAUCUCGCCGACAUCGACCAGGCCCUCGCGUCGGCCCUCCUCGACCUCCAGCUCCCGCAGGUCGCACGCAUCUACGCCACCAAUGCCCUCUUCAUCUACGAGUCCAUCUUUGGCGGCGGCGCACGCGUCCUCGCUGACCCCAUCCGCAUCCUCGCCCAGGCCUACCAGGGCUGCGGCCAGUUCGACCAGGCCGCCAAGCUCGAGCGCGCCCGCCACGACAUCAUCCGCAGCAUGUUCCCGCAGGAGCACCAGGUUGUCAUCGAGUCGCGUAACUUUAUCGCCACCUGCCUCCGCCACCACAUCGACCGCGCCCAGAAGCAGGAUUCGGAGCGCCGCGCCAUCGAGGCCUCCAUCGCCAAGAUCGACGCCGGCGAGGUCGACUCGCUCACCGACGCCGAGUCCAUCGAGUUCCUCACCCGCGCCGCCGCCGCCGGCGUCAACCUCUCCUCGCUCCCGCUCAACGCCAAGGUUGACUACGUCACCGGCAACAGCCAGAAUCAGGGCAAGGGCAAGGGUAAGGGCAAGGGCAAGAAGGCCAAGUCCAACCGCAAGUAAAUCGCUUGACAUUC